UUCUUCUUCGCUUGCAAAUCGUUGGCUUUCAAAUAUUAGAAUAAAGAAAAUUCAAAAUCCAAAUUUCUCUCUCUACUCAAAUACAUUUCCUCCAUUCUCUCCCCAAAGCUCCAUUUUUACUUCUUCUUCUUCUUCUCCUUCUUCUUCUUCAACUACCAUUUCUCUCUCUCUGUUUGCUUCUUCAUUCCUCUAAAGCCAGCCAAUAGAACAAACAAUUUUAAAACAAAAAAAAAACAUCAUAUAGAGAGAGAAGAAAAGGAGAGAGAAGUGAUGAUAGUCACGUCUUACCUUCCUAAGUCCUUUCUUCAAUCCAACUCUUCUUCUUUUUCCAUACCCAAAUCUUAGUUUUUUCUUACACCCAAAUUAAUCUUUCUAAAAGGGUUAACAAAAUAAUCCAAGACCAAUUCUUCUUUCCCUCUCAACCCAACUAAUUUUAUUUUACUUUUUUCUUUUUGAUUUUUGAGUUUUCUUUAAAAAUGACAGACGUACUCCAACGAUCCCCAUCUCACUUCCCUUCACCUUCAAGUUCUUCCUCAGCCAAUGAUGGUUCACACCCACAUACCCUUAUUAACAGUCCCACCAUAAACCAUUGUCUUCAAUUUCAUUUGGGUUCUGAGGAAGAAGAAGAAGAGGAAGAAGAAGAAGAAAGGGACAGAGAGGGAGAUCAGCUGUCUCUAUUGACACUUUUGGUUGCUGCUUUUAGGAAGUCUUUAAUUGGGUGUAGAAGUACUAGUAGUGGAAGUGCUAGAACUGCUUCACAAAACCUUUCUUCAAUGGAAAUUGGUUGGCCUUCUAAUGUUAGGCAUGUUGCCCAUGUUACCUUUGAUCGUUUCAAUGGCUUCCUUGGCUUGCCCGUUGAGUUUGAGCUUGAAGUUCCUAGAAGAGCUCCUAGUGCGAGUGCAAAUGUUUUCGGUGUAUCUACAGAGUCUAUGCAGCUUUCCUUUGAUUCAAGAGGAAACAGCGUCCCCAUGAUACUCCUGUUAAUGCAAAAACAUUUGUAUACUCAAGGAGGCCUGGAGGCAGAAGGAAUUUUCAGGAUUACUGCUGGGAACAGUCAAGAGGAAUUUGUUCGGGACCAGUUAAAUCGAGGUGUGGUGCCAGAUGGAGUCGAUGUCCACUGCUUGGCAGGUCUCAUAAAGGCCUGGUUUCGAGAACUUCCAACUGGUGUGUUGGAUACCCUCUCACCAGAACAGGUGAUGGAGGCACAGACCGAAGAAGAAUGUGCUGAGCUAGCAAGACUCCUUCCCGCUACAGAAGCUGCGCUUCUUGAUUGGGCCGUAAACUUAAUGGCUGAUGUCGUGCAGUUCGAACAUCAGAACAAGAUGAAUGCCCGUAAUGUUGCAAUGGUUUUUGCCCCCAAUAUGACUCAAAUGGCCGAUCCUUUAACUGCCUUGAUGUAUGCAGUCAAAGUGAUGAACUUCCUCAAGACUCUCAUUGAGAAGACACUAAAGGACAGAGAAGAUUUGGUUGUUGAGUCGGCUCCUGUCUUGCGCAUAAACCCAUCAGACGAGGAUGGGCACCAAAGUGCAUCGCAGUUUUAUCUAGACUCACAAAAUGAGAUCAAGAACGACGAAGCUGAAGAUGAACAAGUAUUUGUAACUGAAGAACCUACUUCUGAGAGCCCUCUUCAUCCAUGUGAAAAUAAUUGUACAGCUAAAACUGGGUCACAAAGUCUUCUGUCUUCCAUUGAAAACAUCAUUCCAGGAGGAAGCCAGUCACUAGCUAACAACUGUCCCUGCGAGAUUGUAUCAGAAGUAAACUCUUUGGUAAAUGAAGAACAGGAGAGUGGUCUCGCAAGCCAAGUCAGGACAGCUCAAAGUUGUCGAAAGAAUAACCUCGAUCGAUCGAACAGUUUGAAUCUGAAGAAAGGCACCAAGAAGGUGAAUGAGUCAGUGAAGGUUCACACGACAGGGGCUACACAAAGGUUGGGGAAGAAAAAUGGAAUUGUCGGGCGAUUGAAUUCGAGGACGGAGCUAGCUGAAGCUUGGCGUUGAAUGAACUGAAGGAUAUUACUUGAAUCACGUAUGGUUCUCUCUCUUUCAUUUUAUGCUGGUGGGGAGUGGUGAUAACUGUUUAAAAUAUGGCCUUUUGAUUUUGUUGCUGUUGAAAUGGUGUGUAUGAGUUUUAUCUAUACGUUCAAAUGUGCUUCUUGUUGCAGUUUCAUGACCUUGUAUUGUUGACAGCCCUAACUAACAUAUUCUUUUCUUCUACCUUUUCUCUCAA